CACCCUAAUUGAUGUUGUUUACCUCCAAACAGUCACAGUUAUCGCCAAUGUGUCAUCCCCAAUUGUAAGCUCCAAAAGCUCCAAACUUGGAUGUUGUGAAAUAUUUACCAUUUCGAGUUUAUACAAAACAAUUCGUCCAUUAAAUAGAGUGUCUUUAGCUCUGCAAAUUUCAGUAUUCCUAAAAACUUAACUUACAAAGUACACAACCUGCGCAAACACAAGGCAAACCAUGGAAGCUGAGGACCAGGACCUGUAUUAUUACUUUCCACCAUCACCAUCUACCAGUGCCCCCAAGACUGAGUCACCGGUGCUGAAUAUUUCCGGAAGAGUAAAGCGCGAUCCGAAUGCCCCCCGUAAAAGAGGCAAAAAGAAGGCAGCUCCGGCUCCAGAAGCGCCCAAAGUCAAUCCCACGACAUUCCCGGUGAUUCUAAGCAGGAUCCUGCUCAAGACCAAUGUUCCAGCUGAAAACUCACCAAAGAUAAACGACGGUGACUACUCACAAAAGCUGUGUUUCCUCUGCCUCGAGAAGCCGGCCAGCAAGAAGCGUGCCUAUCACAUGUUCCUGUCAAACGAGAAGGAUCUGGGCAAGGACUAUGAGCACACCAGGCGGCUCUACGAGAACCGCAAGGAGUACAAUUAUGUGAACAACAUCACCGUGGAAUGCCCCUGUGCGCGAGCCCUGUACCGCCGUGUCCAGAAUGAGUUCACAGAAUACCAGUGGAACAAGCUGGGCAACGUUUUCGAGACGGACAUGAUAGGAAAAAGCGAUGUUUGGAGCAUCUCAAGUCGAGUGUUCGCAAUGCGCGUCGAGGAGAACGAAAGGCUGUUCAACUACAUUAAGUUCUUGAGCUCAACGAAGAGCUGAAUACAAACAAUAGAUUUAAUAUUUUACUUACGCCAACAUUGUAUUAGUUUUUCUUUUGUAUUAAACCGCUUUCUGUGAUUAGAGCAA